AUGGCAGACAAAAUAAUCGUGGCUUUCGACUUGUACGGUACGCUGCUGUCUACAGAAUCCAUUGCGAAGCAGCUAGAGAAGCAUGUCGGUCCCAAAGCAGAGGCUGUCUCCGCUCUCUGGAGACGCUAUCAGCUGGAGUAUACAUGGAGACUCAACAGCAUGGAACGCUACGAGGAUUUCUCGAUCGUUACGAAGAAUGCUCUGGUUCAUGCUCUGGCCGAGCACGGCGAGCAGUUGAGCGACAGCAACAUCGCCGCGUUAAUGGAGGCCUACGACCAUUUAUCUACUUUCCCCGACGUCAAUCCUGCUCUUAUUCGACUAUCAGCCGAUGCGAGAAUUCAACCCGUGGUGUUCUCCAACGGAUCCAAGACCAUGGUCUCCAAUUCUGUCCUGCGAUCGAAAGACCUCUCGACACACGCCAGCGUAUUCCAAGAUCUCAUCACCGUCGACGAUAUCCAACGCUACAAGCCAUCGCCCGCGAGUUAUCAUCAUCUGGCCCGCAAAAUGAGCAAACAGGAAUCACAGAUGGACCAAAUGUGGCUCAUCAGCGGUAACCCGUUCGAUAUUGUCGGGGCGCGGAGUGUCGGGAUGCAGGCGAUCUGGGUUGAUCGAGCAAAUAGGGGAUGGCAGGAUGCGGUGGCACCAGGGCUACGGCCGUCGGCGAUUGUACACAGUUUGGAACAGAUCGUCCAGGAGAUUCAGGGACGCAGAUAG